AUGAAUCCUCUUGCCGCCCAGAUCGUUCAACCUACCAGUUCGCACGUUAUGAGAGCCAUUGCUCAGUACAAUCGAGAAUCAGCGCGCUUCCCCACUAUUCUAGCUGCCAGCAGAGCUCAGAAACAAGACCUAGAGUACGCUCUCCUUGUUGAUGAGAUCAAGCCGAGCAAAAGUUCUUACACAAGAACCAGCAAAAAGGUGUACAUAAGGAACUCGCAAAAUGUCCUGACGCAUGUGGCACUCAUUCUUCCGCAAUGGCUUUUCGGAUGCUCUCUCGCGCUCCUACAAACAUGGCAUCAGACCUAUUUCGAACCCCGAAUUCUGCCCUUCACUGCCAAUAGCUUUCACGUCCCCACUCUCUAUCGCUUGGAAUGCUUCUUCUCCACGUUCGAGCGCUGGCAACUCAGUGCAAUCGCUUCGGUGCAGCUCAAUUUCCAAACCCACGACACGGGCAUAUAUCGCGACCGGGAAACCGAGCGGAUACAUCUGUAUCCACGUCUCGUUUCUGGUCUCCGGCGACUAGCGAGAAUUGAUGGCCUCAAGCGUGUAGCCAUUAAUUGGCGUCGAGACGUCUUGGACCUACUAAAUUCGUGGGACUUGAAGCAGGACCUCAUUGUAAACUGCACAAAUGCCAUUAACAGGAAUGACGUGGAUGUCAGCUUUGACGUUGAAUUAGAUUGA